UCAGAAGGUGGCAGUAGUGUUUUUGUAUGCCGAAUGUCUCCUGAAAGUUUAAUAACACCUGUUAGCAUUAACAUCUGUUAGCAUUCCUAUUCAUCUGCGGCAGACGCUCAGUUAGCACAAGCCCCGAAUGUGGCGGUGUAACAUUCCUGUAGUGUGCUGAGCACUGCUUCUACACUGAAGAACACUGAGAUGAGGAUACUCAGACUUGGACUUGUCCUGGUGGGCUUUGCGUUUUGUUGUGUUUCAUCUAAAGAUGUUUACGUGUUCCAGGGCAUUGACGAAUGCGAGUAUAGCAAAGAGGAUUUGUCUGACAUGGUCUACACAGUGAAGCUGGUCUUCAACCAGAAGCUUCUGUGCAGUUAUGACUCAAGGCUGGGGAAAUAUGUUGGUUAUGAUGAAUAUGGAAUCAAGAACGCUGAUCAUUUCAACAGUCAGAGCUGGAAGAUGAAACAGCGCAAGGAAGAGCUGGAGACACUGUGCAGAGCUGAUGCAAGAUUUUAUGUCAACAGCACAACGAGAAAGGUGCCUCCCGUUGUUACCGUACGCUCCACUGAGAAGGCUCAUGGUCAGCUGACCACCUUGGUGUGCCGUGCAUACAAUUUUUACCCACAGGCCAUUAAUAUGACCUGGCUAAUAGACGGAUCGGAGGUCACUGGUGACGUGAUCUCUACUGAAUUCAUGGAUAAUGGUGACUGGAGCUACCAGAUGCAUUCAUACCUCGAUCUGGUGCUCCACAGAGGAGUCGCAGUGAGCUGCCGAGUGGAGCACAGCGGCCUGGAGAAACCUCUCGUCAUUCAGUGGGACUCGACCUCUCUCAAUACCAGAAUUGCAAAAUUAGCUGUGGGUUGCUCUUUUUUCCUUUUUGGCCUUAUUGUGGCUUUUUCUGCUGCAUACAUCUACUACAAAAGAAAGCACAGAGGUUUUUCUUCUCUUCCCCUCUAUUGAGCACCUUUUUCAUUCAUUUUGUGAUGUUAAGGGUUGAAAAAUCAGUUUUUUACGUGGAUGCGUGUAAAUGUUUGAUUCCCUGUUGUAUAUUAUUGCUCAUUUUAAUAAAGAAUAUUUUUUUUAACUUA